CGACGGUGCACGAGAACCUAGAAGAUCCACCGCUAAGCUGGCGCCUUCGUCCUGCGCUACCCGGGCUCCCCUUUAUCUGCACCUUCACACGCUGCUUCCACACCGGCCCAUGGUCCUCGUACUCUCAUCCUUCUCUCCUGAUCCGACGUCCCCAACGAGCACCUAAAUACACGGAAGGCUCCGUCGGCGUUUCGCCCUGCCUGUACAUAUAAGGCCCUUCAGCCUACCAUCCAAUCUUUCAUCCCUGCUAUGGGCGGAUAUCUCUGGUUGGUGUGGUACAAUGCGACCUCCAAGCUAUCUCCCAAACAUUGGACGCUAGCCGUGACUUACGAGGCUCACGAUCGUGCCUACGCCACAGUGUACGAGGUAUCGAACGAAUACGGCGAAUAUUAUAAAUCCCGUGUAGUCCGGCGCGUCCAUUUGACGAGCAAUCAUCCGUCCGGCGCGUAUGGAGGCAGGAUCCUCCUCGGGGAGAUCAACGACAACGUGCUCUGCUCGCUCGAAGCGUAUAGCGACACGGCCGCCGAGCUCGUCAACUCCCAGAACCGGAAGCGCGGUCAGGACAGCGCCAACUGCCACGACUGGGCUCUGAUCAUCGUGCGCAGUCUCGAGGACGCAAUGCUGCUGCCCCAGGGCGCGCUGGCGCGGCUGGAAAAAUGCCCACGUGUGGGCUGAGCAGGCCCUAUCGCGGCACCGUGUUCAUCAAGCUAUUCCAUCCUCUCACCCUUUUGCUCGCCGACCAUGCGUGGUCGUUCACUGUACUUCUACCGUAGGGUUAUUUGUGGUCUUUUCCUUUGGGCUUUGGGUAUCCGCCUCCUUUCUCUGGGUCUAGUGGGAUUUAUCUGGGCACAAUCAGGCAAUCCUUUACGCUACUCCUACCUCCAUGCAACACAUUACGUAAACCCUGUACUUCUAUUCGCAUGCAACUAUCCCCGCGCUCCGGCG